CUGUUGUUAUGCAGGGUUGUUCCUGCACCGCAUUGAGACAGUUGAGGCUCAUCAUCCUUCGAAGAACUUACCCCUGAAACCAUUACUCCCCUCAAAUAGGCCCGCAUCCCUCGGAAGAGCAAAUAUCACCUCGACUUGAUAAAGGUGCUCGCUCCUGACGAACCAUGCGAUCAUAACAAACCGGCUGUUGUUCAGCCCGAAGCCUGCGGUUUCGUACUGUGAAAGAGUUGCCGACGCCUCAGCAACAGCCUUGGCCAGCCUUGUUCAUGUCGUCCACCACCAGUCAUGCAAGGAUGGACACCUCAAACGAAGCCACUUCUUCGGAGCGCACUCCAAACUUCAUAGACUUAGAUGCAGAAGAGAAGGACACAACUACAAACCCUACAAUAUCUGAGGAUGCAUCUACAGGUCAAGGGAAAGAGGCGGAGACCGCCAUUACGCAAGAUCUUGACAAUUUACACAUCAACGAGGGCAUAGUCGAGCCUCAGGAUCAAUCCCAGCCGCAAAAACAUCUCCCCUCUACACCUCCGCCCCAGCCAGCGGCUCCGGGUGAGAAGCACUACCUUGAUCCGACACCAAAGACACCUACCAUAUCGAGACAUCCUUCUGUGAGGGCUGGGGAUGAGUAUAAUGAGAAAGAUCCUGACUAUGCCCAAGAUCAGCCGGACGGUUCCCUGGGCGUUCCAGGUCAGAAAUCCAAGGAGGACAAUGACAUGGAGUCAACCUCAGAAAUUCAAAGUAUAAUGGACCAGUUUGACAAUGCCUCCAUAGCGCCAUCAAAGGAAGAUAUCAUGUCUCCCAGACAUGAGAUGGCUGGGCCAAUCCUUGGAAUAGGCCCUCACUUCCCACCCCGAAGGUCUAGCUUAGACCAUCUACGGUCACGAGAUCUGGACUUAAUUGCGUCUUCUCCAGUCGCAUCUCACUCGGACAAACCCUUGCCUUCGCCUCCAUCAGGCUCUUUAGACGACGAGAAAGAGGCGUUAAGAAGUCCUUCGCUGAAGGGAACUGGUGCCGCUUCCAUGAAUUCUUUGCCGCAUCAGCCGCCGCCUCCCGAACCUGAACCGGAAUUGCCCUUUGAUUUCCAUCGAUUUUUGGAGCAGCUCCGACACAAAUCGGCCGACCCCGUGGCCAAGUUCUUGAGAUCUUUUCUGACAGAGUUCGGGAAGAAGCAAUGGAUGGUUCACGAACAAGUCAAGAUCAUAGGCGACUUUCUAGCCUUUAUAACGAAUAAAAUGGCAAUAUGCGAUGUCUGGCGCGACGUGUCGGAUAACGAAUUCGACAAUGCUAAAGAAGGCAUGGAGAAGCUCGUGAUGAACAGACUAUAUUCGCAAACAUUUUCACCAGCCAUUGCUCCCCCGCCGCCUCAGCCAGCGCGAUCUCGAUCAAGGGGGAGGCGAAAAGAGCAGGAAAAGAGCCUUGGGGUCGGUCGACGCGGUCAGCAUCAAGAAGAUGUCGAACGAGAUGAGAUUCUGGCCCAGAAGAUCCGGAUCUAUAGCUGGAUCCGAGAAGGACACUUGGACCUGGCGCCCAUCGGUCCGAACGGCGAGAGAUUCCUGAGGUUGGCCCAACAAGAGUUGCUGAAAAUCAAAGGGUAUCGAGCGCCACGAGACAAGGUCAUCUGCAUAUUGAAUUGCUGCAAGGUGAUCUUUGGCUUGUUGAAGAACGCAAAGAGCUCGGACACCUCGGCAGAUUCUUUUGUCCCACUCCUAAUCUAUGUCGUCCUGCAAGCGAAUCCCGAGAACCUGGUCUCCAACGUGCAGUACAUUUUGCGGUUUCGAAACCAGGACAAGCUUGGCGGCGAGGCUGGUUACUAUUUGUCGUCUUUAUCUGGAGCCAUCCAGUUUAUCGAGAAUCUCGAUCGUACUACUCUGACUGUAAGCGACGAGGAGUUUGAACGCAAUGUCGAGCUUGCAGUAUCGGAGAUUGCAGCACAGAAUCGUGAGGCAGAGGCUCUGAGCCCACGUGCAUUGUACCGGGAGAAAUCGAGUAUUGCCGAGCCAGAACUUACCCCCAGGAAUUCCAUGGACGUGACAUCUACCAGCCCUAUACGGAGAGAUCCGAGUCGAAUGAAUAGUAGCUCCGAAGGCGGGACCGACGACAGUGUGACGAGUAUUCUACGUUCGAUUCAGAAACCUCUCUCGACAAUCGGGAGGAUAUUCUCCGAUCAAGAUACAUCUCAGGAACCGAGUGCGACCUCAAGCCCAACUCCGCAGCAGGGCGCACGACUGAGUCCGGCAGUAUUUCAGCCGCCAACUGACGGCAGGGUCCCUUCUUACGAUGCACAAGAGGCUGCUGCAAGACAGGCUAGUGCGGAAGCUGCAGAAGCCAGACGGAUCCAACGGCAAGAGCAUAGGACUAUUGUUGAGACUUUGUGUGGCAUGUUUCCAAACCUCGACAAAGAGGUCAUCGACGAUGUGGUGCGGCAAAAGGAAGGCAGAGUCGGUCUUGCCGUGGACGCCUGCCUGGCUUUGACUGCUGGAAGCUAGAGGCCCGGAAGUCAAUAAAGAUAAUCUAGAAGGAAUGCGUUCCCAGGGACGUGAACAACAUCGUCCAGCUCAGAAUAUAUCUGUGUGGAUAGUUGGCCGACAAAGGAGCCAGGAAAGCGCGAGAUAACGGCAAGAAAUGUAAUGUUGCUCGUCUGAGGUCAAGGGCAGGCCUAUCUUCAGACUGUGUCUGGCCUAUGAUGCCAGCAGAUCGUGGAAGACAUUCUUUCCAGCCCCUAACAAGCUUCGAGACAACGCGCUGCGCGUUGCAUGCAAUGCGAAACACGGCAUCGACGAUUGUGAUAGCCAAAAGUUGGCAACACCGUAACAGCAUCUCCUCCCUAACCCUGUGUCUGGGAAAGACAUAGACUGCAACUUAUACUUAAUACUUAACCGG